AUGCCCUACAGAGCUCGUACUUACAACCUUCCCUCGGCCGGCACUGGGGAUACGUAUUUCCUAACGACGGCUGCACGAAAUGCGUGUGAGAAUCGCAUCAUCGCAAACGAGCCCACCACUUUAGAUCCUCCAAGCCGCCCUCACAAGGAUUGA